GGUUGGAUAUGGCGGCCCACCGGAUGGCUCUACAAAAUGGGUGCUCUCGACUUUGCCGGCUCUGCCUGCGUUCAUCUCAUUGGUGGUAUUAGCGCUCUGGUGGCCGCGUAUAUGCUUAAGCCUCGACUCAAACGGUACGAGAAGGGGACGGAUCCGUUGCCGAUGGGAAACCCAGUGAACGCAGUGGUCGGCACAUUCGCCCUGUGGUGGGGUUGGCUGGGCUUCAACUGCGGCUCCACUUUCGGCGUGAGUCAUCACAAAUGGCAGUUCGCUGAGAGGGCGGCCGUCACGACACUCAACGGCUCGUUCGCCGGCGGACUCAUUGCACUCAUGUAUUGCUUCAUUACGAACGGCAGGGCAGAAGUCAGUCCUGUCCUUAACGGCAUACUCGCCGGUUUGGUAGCGGUGACGAGUGGCGCCGGUUACUUCGAGCCGUACGACUCGUUCGUCAUCGGAGCCCUCGGAUGUGUGGCCAACACAUUGAUCGCCCCAUUCCUGGACAGUCUACGAAUCGACGACCCGGUGGGCGCUGUGGCCGUUCACGCCGGUGGAGGAAUGGUGGGCAUUUUAUGCGUGGGACUGUUCGCUGUGGCCGAGCCGUUCAUCAUAGAAAACGGUGGCCUAACCCGAGGCCAGUCAGGUCUGUUCAAAGGCGGCGGUUUCCGUCUGCUGGGCGUCCAGUGUUUGGCUGCCCUGAGUGUGAGUCUGUGGAGUGGUAUCACAACGUGGAUACUGUUGGCCGCAAUCGACAAAAUGAUUCCCAUCCGGAUGUGCAUCGAGGAGGAGAUACUCGGCGCCGACAUCUGGAUCCACAACAUU